AUGACCGUUUCAGAUAAAGCCUACUCGCUAACUCACUCCCAGAAGACGCUUACUGCGGCGCUCGCAGCCUCCCCGGCAUCAUCACCCGGAGAUCUUGUGAAAACGCUCUAUGCAGAGCAUCACAAGAAGCCUGCGUCCUCCACAGGUUAUCUGGAGACAUUCAUGGGCGUGCUGCAGCACGGAAAUGAUAACGAGACACAGCGAAUUCCACCCGGUGAACCUACACAAACAGAUCUCGACCGCGCUGCCGAGUGCGGAGAUUUUGGCAGUAGGCCAAGUGAUCUGUUCUUGAAGAUCUACUGUGACGUACUUACUACGCUCGAUACAAAUCCUUGGGCUGGUGUGGUAUCACCCCCCUUGUUGGGUUCUAGAGGUGUUGUGAACCUGAGCAUUAUUUCUGUCAUUCCGGAUAUCAUACAGCAUCAUUAUGACUGUAUCGUCCGUGCUGAGUCGGAGGUGUUUUUGGCAACGAACUUUUGGCAAGCAUCCAAGUCCGCUAGCAAGAUAUGCGAUGCAUUACUCGAACUCUCGCGCAGAGCCAUGAAAAGGGGUAAGAAGGUCGUGGUGAAGAUGAUGUACGACCGUGCAAAUUUAAAGAUGCUCAUGGAAAGCCACAUUAUUGUCGACGAUGCAGCAAUGGCCAGUGAUGAAGUCAAGCUUCCCAAGAGGAGCGACAUGCCGGGAAUCGACUUCGAAUUGGUAAAUUUUCAUCAACCUAUUUUUGGGACAUUCCACUGCAAGUUCAUGAUCGUGGAUCGCAAAGUGGCCCUCCUGAACUCAAAUAAUAUUCAAGACCGUCCUAAUAUGGAGAUGAUGAUCCACUUAGAGGGCCCGAUUGUUGACAGUUUGUAUGACACUGCUCUCAUCAGUUGGUUCAGGCCCAUGCGCCCACCCCUUCCGUUGCUCAAUACUCGGUACCGGCCGCCUGAGGGAGGCUACAAAUUUGGAAUGGAUAAUGAAUACGCCACGACCCGGAUUCUGGAUGGUAGGAAAGGAGCGGAACUUUUCAAGACACUGCAACAGGAGGCCGACGGCAUACACGACAGAGACUUGGAUAAAGAAGAAAGGGAAGAUCCUGCCUCUUCUGGGUCUCUACCUGCAGGAGUCCCAUUCAUCUCCGGCACCUAUCAGACGAUUACAGAGCACCUCAAUGCCGGAGAUCAACCAGAUACACAUGCCACUAUAUCGUAUGAGCCACCAGCAUCGUCCAGAGAUGAAUACACCCCGCACAUUCUCCACACACAUCAUGGAGAAUGUCCCAUGGUAUUGGUAAACCGUGCGCCGAACGGAAAUCCUGGGAAUGCCGCCAGUGGUUUGCACAACGCGCAGGAUGCAGCCUGGCUUGCAGGGCUGAAAUACGCCCAAAGGAAGGUUUUCAUUCAAAGUCCGACUUUAAAUGCAGUCCCUGUAGUUGAAGGCAUCUUGGAUGCAGUCAGGCGCGGCAUCGAGUGCACACUGUAUAUAGACGUGGGAUUUAAUGAUGGUGGGGAAGCACUUCCUGGACAGGGCGGCACGAAUGAGGAAGUAUCCAAGACGAUGUUCGCACAGUUAAUUGACGAGGAGAAAGAGAACCUCAAACUUUACUGGUAUACGGGCAAGGAUCAAAUCAAGCCCAUCAAUGCAUCCGCGCAGAAACGGAACUGUCAUGUGAAACUAAUGAUCAUCGACGAUUCUGUUGGGAUCGUAGGCAACGGUAACCAAGACACGCAGUCUUGGUAUCACAGCCAAGAGGUGAACGUUAUGGUCGACAACCCAAUAGUAUGUCAGGAAUGGUUUGAUGGCAUCCGGAGAAAUCAGAACACGUAUUUACAUGAGUUGGAGAAAGAUGGCAUAUACCGUGAUAAGCACGGCAACCCACUUACGGACUCUACUGGCGUUGGGUCGGGAUUUCGAGGGGUGGUCAAAGGGAUCCAAGGGAGUAUCGCGCGAGUUCGUGGAAAGGGUGGGUUUUAG